UGUCUAUAUUGCAGUGAGCGGGGGUUCUUUUGCCAAUCUUUGCUCGGAGUUUCUCGGAUAUCAGCAGCAAGUAAUUUGGGCAAAUCAUGUCUGGAUACUUGAAGGUCCUCCGCUCGCUCUCUAGAUCCGCGGCCACUCUCUCCAAAACCCCCGCCGUGCUCGCGGCAGCUGCAACCUGCCAGAGUUUGCAACAAAGGAACUGUGAGUUUUGAGCAAAAUAGAGGCCCUUUGACAUAGUUACAUGAUAGUUUACAGAAUCAUACAGAAAGUGCUUUUAUACUGCACACCGCAAAGCCGGGUAAACUAACGUUAGCCUAUCCAGUUUAGCUUUCUCGCCGUUACUUUAGCUAGCUGUCUCUUGCGCCCAAUUUGGCCAGUUUGAGAUGUUGGUUUAUUUUGGUUGAUGGAUGGGGACAAACGUAUCCAGGUGUCCCAGCCUGUGGUGGAGAUGGACGGAGAUGAGAUGACCAGGAUCAUCUGGGAGUUCAUCAAAGAGAAGCUCAUCCUCUCCAAUGUGGAUGUGGAGCUGAAGUACUACGACCUGGGUCUGCCAUACCGUGAUCAGACUGAUGACCAGGUCACCAUCGACUCUGCCAUCGCCACCCAGAAGUACAAUGUCGCUGUUAAAUGUGCCACAAUCACUCCCGAUGAACAAAGAGUAGAAGAGUUCAAGCUGAAGAAGAUGUGGAAGAGCCCCAACGGAACCAUCAGGAACAUCCUGGGUGGCACAGUCUUCCGUGAGCCAAUCAUCUGCAAGAACAUUCCCAGGCUUGUUCCAGGUUGGACACAACCAAUCACCAUUGGCAGACAUGCUUUUGGUGACCAGUACAGAGCAACAGACUUUGUUAUCAGCCAGCCAGGCACAUUCAAGAUGGUCUUCUCCCCUACUGAUGGGAGCAAAGGCCAGGAGUGGGAGGUCUACAAGUUUCCUGGAGGUGGCUGUGGAAUGGGCAUGUACAACACAGAUGAGUCUAUUUCUGGCUUUGCACACAGCUGCUUUCAGUACGCCAUUGGCAAGAAGUGGCCCCUCUACCUGAGUACCAAGAACACCAUUCUCAAAGCCUAUGACGGUAGAUUCAAGGACAUCUUUGAGGAAAUCUACCAGGCGAAUUACAAGCCAGAGUUUGACAAGCUGAAGAUCUGGUACGAGCACAGGCUCAUUGAUGACAUGGUUGCCCAGGUGUUGAAGUCCGAUGGUGCCUUUGUGUGGGCCUGCAAGAACUACGAUGGAGACGUACAGUCUGACAUCCUAGCUCAGGGUUUCGGCUCUCUGGGUCUGAUGACGUCAGUGCUGGUGUGUCCGGAUGGCAAGACCAUUGAGGCAGAGGCAGCCCACGGUACAGUGACCAGGCACUACCGCGAGCACCAGAAGGGAAACCCAACCAGCACCAACCCCAUUGCCAGCAUCUUUGCUUGGACCAGAGGGCUUGAGCAUCGGGGUAAACUUGAUGGCAACCCUGACCUGAUCAAGUUCGCCCUGACUCUGGAGAGGGUGUGUGUGGAGACAGUUGAGAGUGGUGUUAUGACUAAGGACCUCGCCGGCUGCAUUCACGGCCUUUCCAAAUGCAAGCUGAAUGAGCACUACGUCAACACUGAGGACUUCCUGGACACCAUCAAGAACAACCUGGACAAAGCCCUGGGCAAGUGAAGGACUGAAGAGUGCAGCUAGCCUGCAAGUGACAUUGUCCUGUUUUUGUACCUCAUUUUUAACUUAGGUCAAGAUAACCACAUGCAUAUUGUCUGAAGUAAUAUGUAGAGCAUAAUGUAGUGUGUCAGAUUAGGGGAUUCUACUGUUGUGAGAUCUGUUCCAUCUAGCACUCCUAUGCCUAUGUUUCCAGGGUUCUAUUUUUGUAAUUAAAUACUGUAUUCCGAUACUGUAUUAUGCCUUUGAAGAAACAUGAAGGCCGUGUCAAGAAUAUUUGCUUAUCCUUGUUUGAUCUUAUACUUGUGUUCUGCCUUAUUUUAAUAUUAUGAUAAAAGGAGCACACUGAUUUUAAAGGUAAAUAAAUUUAUUAUUUUACAGUUGUCUGGUACACAUUUUACAGUUCUAGCAACAGGAUAUUUCCACAACAACGUGUAACACAGAAAGCCAUUCAAGUUUCAGAUCCCCCCCCCCCCCUUGUUUCAUCACUAAAGCCAGAUGAUUUUUUUCUCCAUAAAUUUGCAUUGUUUAUUAAAUGCAAUAUAUCAACAUUGUGUAUGGAUACCUAGUUUGCAGGUGAUAUGUCUGUAAAGCUAAGCAGGGAAACGGAUUAUAGUGAAUUUCCCACAUUUUCUGCUGGGUCUGUGGCCCUGUCUCAUGUUGGGAGGUUGUCGUUCAUCACUUUAGACCAGUGUGCAGCAUGAUGGAUAGCACACUCCUGUAGACCCACAAGGGCACUUAAUAUUUCUGUCAAGUUUUAGGACAGUUCCUGUUGAGACUCGCCAUGAAAACCGCAUUUGCUGUUGAGAAACGUAAUAUGUCCCAUAAAGGCUUGCAUGGGGCAUAAAUUGUGAAGUGUCCUGAAAAUUAAACUGCACUAGUGUCUUCACCAUGGUAAUCUUUUCUAAAAAUCAACUGCGUGGAGGACAAAGCCCAACAUUUUACUACAUGAAGUCUGCUAUUGGGCAAUGUGAAAUCAAGCUCUACAAAGCAGAGAAAGGGUGCCACUAGACUGCUAUUGCCUUAAGCAGCAGGGUUUGGCAAUAUGGCCCAGAAUUGGUCAUAUUCUUUGGUAAAUGGUGGCUACAUCUGAAGGGCAAUGGCGAAAAUGGAGUGCCAAAAGCAAAAUAAACUAAGAUGUGGGCUGCGUCAAUACAAUUAUUUGACCGGGGUCAAGUGACAAAUACCGAAACUUAAAAUCAAGCUGGUCACAUGGGGCUAUAAAGUGAUUGUGUAAUAUUAGUAUAUUUUGACAAUGGGAUUUAUUUCUGCAUAUUGCAAAAUAUGACAGAAUAUGAAACAAUCCUAUGUAAUCUAAACAGGUUUAGCAACCUAGAACUGUAGUUGAAACUACUCACAGUAUAAAUGUUAAACCGAGAAGUAAAUAAAUGGUUGGUUCACCAAACAUGAGAACUGCUUGAACGGUAUCAGCUUUGGUAAGUGACAUGAGCAGAGGACACAUUUAUUUGACUGGCCUGUAUGCAUUUCUAUACAUGUUAAUAAAAGCAAUAAUACUCA